AUGAGUGAUUAUAGACCCAUCGCUUGUUGCAAUGUGAUCUAUAAAAUAGCUUCUAAAAUAAUUUGCAAGAGAUUAAGGGAAGUACUUACACGAAUUAUUUCAGAGAAUCAAAGUGGUUUUGUCAAAGGAAGGCAAAUUGCUUAUAAUAUUAUGAUUUGUCAAGACAUGGUUCGGGGCUAUAAUAGAAGAAGUGCAAAAUCAGCUUGUUUGUUCAAGAUUGACCUUCAAAAAGCUUAUGAUACAAUAGAAUGGGACUUUCUUCGUGAGUUUCUUGAAGCUCUUAAAUUUCCUCAAAAGUUUGUGAAUCUUAUCAUGGAGUGUGUUACUACUCCCCGGUUUUCCUUCUCCAUCAAUGGUGCUCUUCAUGGAGAUUACAAAUCUGCUACUUUUUUGCUGCAAGGUUUUAAGGUUUUUUCAAAUUCCUCAAGGUUCAAAGCGAAUGGUAGGAAAUCUGCGGUGUAUGGGAUCUCUAAAGCUGAUUGUGAAUGUUUGGUGGAUAAGAUGAUUAGUAGAAUUAGGAUUUGGAGUAGUAGGAAUCUAUCAUAUGCGGGUAGAAUAGUUUUAAUUAACUCAGUUCUGCUCACUAUAAAUUCCUAUUGGUCGCAACUAGUGAUUCUUCCAAAUUUGGUCAUUCAAAGGAUUAACCAAGUAUGUCGAGCUUAUCUUUGGAAAUGUUCUGGUUUGUUAAAUGGCCCGGGCAAUGUGUCUUGGAAAGAUGUGUGUCGUACUAAAGUAGAUGGGGGUUUGGGUUUUAAAGAUAUUGCCUUAUGGAAUUUAUGUGCCAUGGGCAAGCAUGUUUGGGCUAUAUCCUCAAAGAAAGAUAAUUUAUGGGUUAAGUGGGUGAGCUCUGUGUAUAUAAAGCGUGGAGAGUGGUGGGACUAUGAACCACCCCUAAAUGCUAGCUGUUCUAAAAUUCUGGUAGAAGUGCUGAAUUGGAGUGGUAUUAUGUACAAGGGGCAUGAUCUUAAGGGCCUUUUGAAGUGGCUGGUGAAAAAGAAGUUGGCGCAAGGAAGAAGGAAAAUUGUUUUCACCAUUGUUUCUGUUAUAGUUUAUUUUAUUUGGCAGAGUAGAAAUAGUGCUCUUUGGGAUCAAAAUCUUCCCUCAAUUGAUACUAUUGUAAAGAAUAUUAUUCAUUCUGUCUGUGUGAGAUUACAGUACAUGAAUUUAGCCAAAUUCAAUAGGUUAGAUCAAGAUUGGGUGGAGGCUCUUUUAAGAGCUUGUAAUUAA